AUGUGGCAUCCGAUCUCGUGGACACCACGUGCCCAGUGGUCGCCAAAGCACUUAAAGCUGGCCACUGUCUAUGUGCUGGUGCUCUUGGUAUCGCUCAGCUUUGCUUCGGGACACAGCAGGCCAUUUAAACAUCAGAUAGACAACAGAAGUCCUGAGAUCGAUCCUUUUUGGUACGUGGGCCGUGGCGUUCGCCCCAUCGGUCGGUUUGGAAAGAGGCAGCUGAGAGGCAGCCGUGGCAGCCUGAGGCCUCUGAGCAGGCACCGGGAUUUUGUCUUGAACGCUUUGUGGGAACAAAAAGUGUCGGACACAGAAGACAAGGACUGGUGA